UACAGGAGACGAGAACCAUAUUGUAAUAAACAUCUGGCGGGAAUGUGGAUGCUUGACUGACCUUGCAUUGUUAGAUUCAAGUGGCCGUGAUUGCUAUCUCUGCUGCUGAACUACAACAUCCUCGUCCUCAGAUACAGACCUUUUUGAACGUAGGCACUCAUUUCAAAUCCAAACCAACGCCACUGGGUGAAAUCUUGCUCACUAGUCCAGGUGAAUUACCCUUUGAGAUGGACAUGAUUCUUGUGCCUGAUGGAGACUAUGACAAAUGGAUGAAACGAGCAUAUGUCAAUAUCAACUUGAGAAGAACAAACUGUACAGGAAGAAGUUCGCUUAAUUUACGUCCACCCAAUCCUGCCUCAGAAGAGAAAUUCAGAUCAUUGUACAAGAUUGCAGACACAGUGAAAUUUGAAGAUGCCGUGAUCAAUCUGGUAUCGCUUGUUCAGAUUGCUCUCUAUCUGUUCAAAUUACUCGACAAAGAUUACAUUGAUGGACUUAUAUGUGAUGAAACAACAGCUGCUCUUUGGAUGUUUUAUACAAAAUAUGAUCCCAUCAAGUCCACUGAGUUUAGUCUAAAAGAACCUUGGAUGGAACCUCAUUUACUGGCAGCCAUUAUUUCUAAAUUACUGAUGUGCAGAAACAAGCUCCAAGACUACAAUUUCACAACCAUUAAAGACCCUUUUCUCGACUAUGAUUCCUUUCGUUUCGAUAUUGGAGACUACCAACGCCACAAGAACAUGCGUGUCUCUCGAUUCAUUGAUCUAGAGACACUAGCUAAACUGAACGAAUAUACAUUCAGUCAGCUCAAAGUCAAAAAAGUGAUUAAAUCAAAACUAGAUGAUAUCUCAGGCAUCACCAACUCACCUUUGUUUAGCGAAACAUCCGAUCCAGAAACAUUUCGGUACCAUGCAACCAUUGAAAGCCUCAGGACCAUUUGGAGACCCAGACUGAAGGGAGGAUCCACAGGUCAUUCUGAUCCACAGUCCAAUGAGUUAUUGCAUAUGAUCAAAGGUGUUUCUCGCACAGGUGGAGCAGCUGUGGAUAUGUUGAGUCGAGUAGCAGGUUCGAUUCCUUGGAUCAAUACAACGGACAACAGUAAACGAGACACCCAUCGAUCCCCUGGUUCUUCUCGGGUGGACAGCAGUGUUUCUUCUCCACAAGAGGAAGAACCCCAUACUCGCUUACCUGCUUCUCGUAAGCCAUCACCACUCUACAGUCAACUAAAAGACAAUAUACCCUUUGUUAUGUCUCCUGAUCAAUUAAGUCACCAAGACAUACCUUCCUAUGUUCAAUCCACCACGCCUCAGUUACGUAUCUCCAAAUCAUCCGACACAGCGACUACAGCAGACACAUCUGUCGCUCCUUCUGUCACAAGCACGAAACACCCAGAAGGUGAUUUUGUGCCUUACCAUCCUCCUCGGCGUCCCUCUGUUCGCCACGCACGCUCUAUAUCAGACAGUGCCUUAUUAAACAGUGUGUUGACCAAAGCCUUGUUAGAUCAAAACAAGACGGAGCCUAUACGAUGUGACAACUAUCCUCGUCCACGUUCUUGUUCAGUAUCAUCAAAAGAUAUGCCUGUCCAGCCUGUCUCAACCAUUCGUAUACAGACCUAUAUGGCUUAUGAGCGACUGUGUCAACAACAACGUCUGUUACAACAAGCCUAUCAGGAAAUCAAAUCCAUGGCUGAUGUGUAUGAGAAAACAGCCACUUGUCUUAAGCAAAUGUAUGAUCAUCGUGCCAGCCAAUUUGAGUCUAUUCAAAAGCAGGCAAGCAGUGUGAUGGAAGACCAAAACCAGACAGAAAGUCGAUUGAAAGAUGUAGAAGACAACAGUGCUAAACUUCAUUAUGAACUCAAGGUGAUGAAUGAUAAACUGAAAGACAUUGAAGAUAAUGUAGGCACUUUUUAUGGUAAAAUGGGUCUAUUGGAGCGAAAAAUGGAUGAUUCGCAACAAUCGAUUACAACCAUGUUAAUCAUUGGUAAUUAUUUCAAUCAUUAUUGGACUAAAAUGGUUGAAUGGGUGCAUUAUUUUUACCACUAAUUUAUUUUUUUGGCGGGUAAAUAUCCUAACGGAAAAAACCGGGUUAAAUAAGAAUAAAGGAGUAAACAUGUCUUAUGAUGAAUCAAAUGACUCUGUACUACUAUUUAAAUGCAUUUCCCACCCU